GUAGUGGAGCAGCAGUUCCUAUUCUCAGUGAUAAGGCAAAAUUUCCUUCAUUUUUCCGAACCAUUCCAAACCAAGACUUCGAAGCACUGGCCAUCACACAAUUAAUGCUUUACUUUGGCUGGAGCUGGGUUGGUAUUUUACUUGAAGACAAUGAUUAUGGACAGUUAGGAAGCCAAAGUCUGAAAAAAGAACUUUUGAAGAGUGGAGUUUGCAUUGCCUUCUCAGAGACUAUUCCCGUGCGCUAUUCCAAAUGGAAAAUUCUUUGGAUUAUUGAUGUUAUAAAGAAAUCAUCUGCAGAUAUAAUUAUUGUUGUUUCAACUGAAUCUAAUUUUAUUCCAUUAAUGGAAGAACUUUCAGUACAGAAUAUUACUGGAAAAGUUUGGCUUGCCUAUCACAGCUGGUCAGAUACACCAAAUGUUUCUAAGAAACAAUAUGUCAGAUCAUUCAUGGGUACUGUUGGCAUUGGUUUCCAUAAUAGACUGAUCCAUGGAUUUCAGAGUUUCUUACUUAAUAUUCAUCCUGCUGCAGCAGUAAAUAAUAUUUUUAUUAAAAUUUUCUGGGAAGAAGCAUUUGGGUGUAAAUGGCCGAGCUUUCUUUCAACCAAUACAAGUACCUUGGAGAAAAAUGGCAUAGUUUGCACAGGAGAUGAGAAAUUGGAACAAAGCUUUCAGCUUUUUUUCACAGAACGUAACAUAAGAAGCACAUAUUAUACCUAUACUGCAAUUUAUUCAGCGGCCCAUGCUCUUCAUGACCUUUUGACUUGCAAAGCUGGUAAUGGGCCAUUUUCCAAUCGUACAUGUGCAAAUUUCCAAGACAUUCAUCCAUGGCAAAUGUUCUACUAUCUGAGAAAUGUGCACUUUAAAAUAUCAUUUGGUGAAGGCAUAUUUUUUGAUGUGAAUGGCGAUCCACCUGCUCUCUCAGAUAUUAUAAACUGGCAGUUAUCAGAUGGAGGUACCCUGCAGUAUGUCAUUAUUGGGGUCUUAAAUUCUAGUGCCUCACUGGGUGAAAGAGUCAAGCUCACAGAAGAAGUGGUUUGGAAUGAAGGCUUUCAGAAGACACCUCGCUCUGUUUGUAGUGAAAGCUGCCUCCCAGGGUACCAUAAAUCUGUUCGACAAGGGGAGCCAAUAUGUUGCUUUGACUGCAUUCCAUGUUCAAAAGGAGAAAUAGCAAAUCAAACUGAUUCUGUUGAGUGCUUCAAAUGUGGCAGAGAUUACUGGUCGAAUGAAAGGCAGGAUACAUGUCUCUCAAAACCUAUUGAAUUUCUGUCUUAUGAAGAACCCUUGGGUAUCACACUUGCUACACUCAGUAUUUCAUUUUCCUUCAUCACUGCAUGGAUUCUUGUGAUUUUCAGCAUUUAUCGAGGAACCGCUAUAGUUAAAGCAAACAAUCUUGAACUUAGCUACGUUCUCCUGUCUGGCCUCAUACUUUGCUUCCUCUGUACAUUGGCAUUUAUUGGCUAUCCUGGAAGAACCUCCUGCUUGCUCCGCCAGACAGCCUUUGGUAUUAUAUUUGCUUUAUGUGUUUCCUGUGUUCUUGCUAAGACAAUUACUGUGAUAGUUGCUUUCAAUGCAACAAAACCAGACAGUAAGUUAAGAAAAUGGGUGGGGUCAAAAUUACCUGUCUCCGUCAUACUCACCUGCUCUUUACUUCAGGUUAUGAUUUGUACUGCUUGGCUGCUGUUAUCUCCUCCUUAUCCAGAUGAGAACACAUCUGCCAAAACUGGAACUAAAAUUAUUGAAUGUAAUGAAGGUUCUAGUAUUGCAUUCUGGUGUAUGCUGGGCUAUGUUGGUGUUCUGGCCAGCAUUAGCUUUAUAGUUGCCUUCCUAGCUAGGAAUUUGCCUGAUAGCUUUAAUGAAACCAAAUUUAUUACCUUCAGCAUGCUAGUUUUUGUUAGUGUCUGGCUGUCCUUUGUCCCUGCUUACCUUAGCACAAGAGGAAAGUACAUGGCUGCUGUGGAGAUAUUUGCUAUCUUAUCUUCAAGCGCUGGCUUGCUAGCUUGCAUUUUUUUCCCAAAAUGUUACAUAGUUUUGUUAAGGCCAGAAAUGAAUACAAAGGAAUAUUUAAUGGGUAAAAGCAAACAAACGUGA